CGACUGACAGCCGUUUUUGUUUACAAACAACUUCUUUUUCCAUAGCAACGCGCGCGCGUUCGGAUCUUCUUUUCCCCUAAAAACAUGCUUCGCCACACCAGAACCGAUCGAUAACCAAGAGAACCCUUUUUGGAGAUGCUGAAGCGGAAAUGGAGCAACAAGCAAUACUGUGGCGAUGUCGAAUCGGAUCCAUUCGAUUUUGUCUACCGGGGCAGUGUGUUUGAUCCGUUCGAGGAAUCGAACAGGGUACCGUCGGUGAAGGAACACCUGUACAACAGCAGCAGCACGGCAAGCGAUACGGAGGAGCUCAUCGAGGACAUACAGUUGCCCGCCCACCGGCUUUCGGCGAAGGUGCGGCAACAGUAUCUCUACUAUCUGGACCGAGUGCUGCGCAAGAACUAUCACACGUGGUUAGCGUCGUACAGCAACAACCACAACGAUAAUCCGUUCAGUGACGAUGAACUGCGCCAGUGUGCCGAAACUAUCGAGAUGCGAGCGGUGCAAGCUUGUAUGAUUACGUCUCUCUAUCGUAAUUUUAUCCUGCAGAAGAUAGGAGAAAUCCGGAAGCAAACGACCCUCGGGCUGAUUCAUCCCAAUAUCACCGACGUAAAGUUCAAACCUGCAUUCAUGAAACGAGAACAGUGUCACGUUGGUGUACAGACGGACCCAGACACAGCGCCCUAUGUUCCCAUCCAGCACAGCUCACUAGCAGCUGUUCCGGAAAUAAGUUUGGAGGAAAAAAUGCAAAUAUUCGAACGAAACAAAAUCAUGCCGGAAGAAUCGAUACAUCAUCUAGUAGCCCACGAAGCAGGUGAUGGGAACGUAUCGUCUGAAUGCACCGUUCCAGUACAAAAAUCGAAACCGAUGCCAAAACCGAUCGAUCCCUUCGAACACCCCGUAUCGGAAAGUAAACGGCCCCGUAACGAAGCAAUGGAUGAUGAAAUUCUCCGAGAACUGCAAGCCAUGUUUGAGCCAUCCGAUGACGAAACGAACAUAUUCGGUGCACAAGAAACACCCUCCGUUGAACCACUUCAAGAUGGACAGCAGCAUGGCGGUCCACCGGCCGUGUCGUCCAGUCCGCAGAUCGAUCGGAAGAUUCUGGUGCCGGUUGCGCCUCCGGCCGAACCGCCCGAUUUGCGCUGUAGUAUGUGGCCGUGCGAGUUGCACAUGCAGCGAAUGAAGCUACGCAAUUUGCUGGUGAAAAUUGCGGAAGAUGACUACCGCCGGUAUGAGCGGCUCGUACAGUCCGAGUUCGUAGCGCUGUUUGGGGCAGACGAUGGAGAGGAACAGGAUCUCGGACCGUACAGUCCAUCGAUCGAGCUGAACGAGGUGCUGGUGUCUAGCUGCCGGCAGCGGAUAGCCAAGUGGGUAGUGCAAGCGCUGAUGCGCCCGUUAAACGAUGGCCUCAUAGCUAAUAGGUUUCUGUUCAAGAAGCUUGCCAAGCGGCUAGCGGACGGUAUAAUCUACCAGAAUCAAUACCCCGACAAAAAAUUCAUCCGGAACUAUGUAAACGAUUACUUCUGCGCUCACGCACAAAUUAACAGUAUCGACGAUAUAACCUAGUUCGAAAAUGCUGCGCCACCUGAGCACCUGGGCAAUAAACGAACAAAUUCCACCCACACAAAGCCAACGGUUUCGAUUCACUUGCACUGGGUAGUACAAUUUUUAUUGACACAUAAGUGCACAAACACGAAAGACACUAUAAAACACACAUAUCGAACAGACAGACAGGUUGUUUCGAUGGUUGCCUAGGACACAUGGAUCAUGCUUCUGCCAGAAAUUGCCGCACACUCCGUGAAGCUUCUUCGCUGUUCCGUUGCUAUGGUAACGAACGCUCGGGAGGCUUGCGUGACCGGUCCUGGAAAAUACGCCAGUCUCUCCGACUGCUAUUUGGAGUUCGAAUAGACACUCCCCCUACGCUGAAUGGACCGGCCGGCUGGAGAGCUGAAUGUUGGAACUCGUUUGUGUUGCACACAGCAGUCGCCGGUACGAAGCACGCCCUGGGCCCAGUUCAGGUGUGAACCAUGUCAAGCAUCAAUUCGUCUUCCGGAAGGACCAACUCUUGCCGUUUCACACUAAACGUGGCUCCGUACCGGGCUGAGGGGGGGGCAAACAAAAGCCACACUGUCCGAUACGCUUGUUCCCGGGAUGCCAAGGUGGUCAGUGUGCUGCUCUUAUCUUGCCCGAAUCAGGUGCCAUUCGUUACCAUCGGGAGGGAACAGCGCGACCGGAUCACCGUUGGAAGGUUGUUUAACUUUAAAAGAGUUUAAGCUAAGCCAACAAAUAAGAACAAUCGGAUGGUGUGUGCGACAAGCAUACAAGGAUAAGACACUGGUCACCAACGCGACACACACACACA